AGGAUAUGUUCAUAUAACCAUAUUUCUAUAUUGAAGUACUUUGAAUAUAGAUCAUGAAGUAGAGAAGUCUUGUAUUGGCUUUACAUCCAAGAAAUUUGGGUAACCCAAUAUUAAUCUUAAUAUCAACUUAAACAUAAAAUGGAUGACACAGAAAAAAUGGGUCCAUACUCCAUAUCUCAAAUACCACCAUUUUUUGUGGGCACAAAAAAUACACAUAGCUUGAAAACACUAAUCUUUUUAUUCAUCACCACCAAAAAAGAAAAGAAAAAGAAAAAUAGACCCUAUUCAAGCUCACUCUAAUGGCACUAACCCAAUAAACCCAGAAAAUCUAUAGUUUUCACAACCCAAAAAAAAAACACUGUAAUCAAGAAAUGCCAAUUUUAAAUGUAUCAUCUUUAGGAGUAGGCUCAUUAACAAACCUUUGCUUUCAUUCACAAAAUAUAGCCAAUGAUUCAAUUACAAGUUCUUGUUCCUUAUCUUAUGUUUCAUAUAAUUUCACAAAUAACAAUAAUAUUAAUCUCUUGAAUUUGUACCGUAAAUCUGGAAUUAAUAGAUACCCAAUUCAAGCUGCUCCAACUAAUGCUUCUUCUGAAGCUCAAAUUGAUGAAAAUUUGGAUGAUUCUACUUUGUCUCUUGAACCCCCUCGUCCAAUUCGGAGGCCUGCUGACUGGGAAGCAGCUAAGAAGUAUAAAGAAACUGGAUCUAUCUACGAGGGAAGAGUAGAAGGCUUCAAUAAUGGUGGCUUGCUAAUUCGUUUCUAUUCGCUUGUCGGAUUUCUUCCUUUUCCACAGUUGAGUCCAUCAUAUUCUAGUGAAGAACCAAAUAAGACAAUACAACAGAUUGCAAGAGGACUUAUUGGGUCUGUCAUCUACAUGAAGGUGAUUGAGGUAGAUGAAGAUAGUAAGAAAUUGAUAUUCUCUGAGAAGGAGGCCACUUGGUCAAAGUACUCUGAGAAAAUCAAAGAAGGGGAUAUCUUCGAGGCAAGAGUCGGUGUGGUUGAGGACUAUGGGGCCUUUCUCAAUCUGCGCUUCCCUGAUGGCAAAUACCAUCUUACUGGCUUAGUACAUGUUUCGGAAGUUUCAUGGGAUUAUGUUCAAGAUGUCAGGGAUGUAUUAAGAGUGGGUGAUGUUGUAAGAGUAAAAAUUGUUAACAUUGACAGGGAGAAAUCAAGGAUUACAUUGUCAAUCAGACAACUGGAGGAAGAUCCAUUGUUCGAGACCUUGGACAAAGUAAUUCCUCAGGAUGGUACAAGUCCUGACUCUACAGGCACAAGUGAAAACUUUGAUAUUCAGCCACUUCCAGGGCUUGAGGAAAUAUUUAAGGAGUUGCUAGAGGAAGAGGGUAUAAGUGAUGUCAGAAUCAGACGGCAAGGCUUUGAGAAACGGGUUGUUUCACAAGAUCUCCAGCUCUGGCUUUCUAACGCACCAGCAAUUGACAACCAGUACAUCUUACUUGCUCGUGCUGGAAGACAGGUUCAGGAAAUACAGAUGACUACGUCUCUUGAUCAGGAAGGUAUCAAAAAAGCAUUACAGCGGGUGCUUGAACGUGUUCCAUGAUUUCAAAUGUCAACAAUUUUCUCGCUAUGUCUCUACCAGUGUACAGUACAGAUAUGAGCAACAAAUUUAAUAGUUUUUGAAUCUACAGAUCCUUCCCAAAUAUGUUACUCAAUGUGUUCAUUGAUCCUAUACGGUUAAUCGGUAUAUACGGUGUGCUAUGUCAUGUCAGAAAAUGAAGGGAAGCCAAAAGGGAGAAAGAGAGAUUGUAAUUCAUACUAUUGACAUCAACAAAAUUUUAAAAUUUUUUUAAUGUUACUUUCCCUUGCAAAUCUUGUCUAAUUAUAAAGGGGCUUCUUUGGAAAGAAAAACCUGAUUUUGUCUGUCUUA